GGGCGGCGGCGGCGGCGCUUCCGCAGCGGCCGGAAAGACGCGGCCGGUGACGGUCCGUGCCCGCCGCCGCGGGCCCGGCGGUGCCGAUGGGGCCCGGCCGCCUCUGCUGGUCGCUGUUGCUGCGCUGCCGGCGGGCGGCGGCGGCUCUGGGCGCGCCUCGGUGUCCCCCGCUGCCCGCCCGCCCGCUCAGCGCCGCCGCUCCGCUCCGGGCCCCCCUGCGCCCGCCGGGCGCGGGCGGCCGAGCGCCGUGGGACGGGGCGGCGGGCGCCGGCGGGGAUGAAGAAGAAGAAGGAGAGGAGGAUGAGGCGGCGCUGGAGGAGCUGCUGGGCCCGUCUCCGCUGGCCCCGGGGCCCGGCGCCCAGCGCGUUGCCAUCGUGCACCCCGCGGUCAAGUGGGGCCCGCAGAAGUCGCCGCUCACCACGGCUGAAUUACAGAUUGCCGAAGCCGCUGCUCUUGUAGAUACUCUUCAGAACUGGACAAUUCUAGAUAAAAUAAUUAUUCCUACAAAAAAUCGCAGCAAGAAGUUUGUUUUUGGCAAAGGAAACUUUCAGGUUUUGACAGAAAAGAUUAAAAAAUUGCCCCAUGUGACAGCUGUCUUCUUGAAUAUGGAAAGAAUAUCUUCACUAACAAAGAAAGAACUAGAAGGUGCCUGGGGCGUGCAAGUCUUUGACAGAUACACGGUGGUACUUCACAUUUUUCGCUGUAAUGCCCAAACAAAAGAAGCAAAACUACAGGUAGCAUUGGCUGAAAUUCCACUUCUCAGGUCAAAUCUGAAAAAUGAAGCGUCUCAGCGAGAUCAGCAGAGAGGUGGUUCAAGAUACAUCAUGGGCUCAGGUGAAACAUUUCUAGAAACACAGAAUCGUGUCUUGAAAGAAAGAGAACUUAAAAUUAGGAAUGCCCUGGAGAAACUAAGGAGAAAAAGGGCUUUACUUCGAACUCGGCGCAGAAAAUGCGAGUUCCCGAUGGUCUCAGUCAUGGGCUAUACCAACUGUGGAAAAACUACUUUGAUCAAAGCCUUGACUGGGGAAGCAGGAAUUCAACCCAAGGAUCAGUUGUUUGCCACUCUGGAUAUUACAGCCCAUGCUGGCUACCUGCCCUCACAUAUGGCAGUUAUUUAUGUUGACACCAUUGGGUUUCUGACUGAUCUUCCACAUAAUCUGGUUGAGUCCUUUUCAGCUACACUAGAAGAAGUGGCUUACUCAGAUCUGAUAGUUCAUGUGAGGGAUAUUACUCAUCCAGAAACCAUGCUCCAGAAAGCAACUGUUCUGUCAGUUCUGAGGAAUCUUAAUCUUCCAAGCCAUUUGCUGGACUCAGUGGUAGAAGUUCAUAACAAAGUGGAUUUGGUAGAAAGGUAUAAACCUGCUGAAGAAAAUGCUUUAGCUGUUUCUGCUCUGCAUGGGCAUGGUUUAGAAGAACUGAAACAAGAAAUAGAGAAAAAAAUACUGACAGCAACAGGGAAGAAGAUUCUAACAGUUAACAUCAACUUAGAGGGACCUCAGCUAAGUUGGCUCUAUAAAGAAGCAACAGUUCAGGAAGUAGAGGUCAUGCCUGAAGAUGGCACAGCCAGGGUGAAGGUGAUAAUCAGCAGCUCUGCUUUUGGCAGAUACAAAAACCUCUUUCCCAACAGUAAGAUUUUCAUGUCAUGAAACUGCAUCCUGUUCCAGGAGAAGAAGCUGAUCUCCUCAGGAGGAUGUGAAAUUAAGUGAAUGACCUGUUAGACUCACUGCUGAAUAGUUUAUUUUUCUUCCCCACUUGAUGUUUUUGGAAUGGACGCUGUUUCAGAACACUCCUAUAUGGAAACAAUAAGAGCUUUGAGCUUAAUUUUGUCAGCAAGUACCAGGACAGCACUAAAUUUUUUAUGUUAAACCUGUUGCUAGCUAUGAGCUGAGGACCUCAAACACAGGGAAUGACGUUUGAUGUAACCUUCAGAAAAGUACCAAGUUUCUUAUAUCAUAUAAAUAAAGCUUUUUAUUGCCUUUUUCAGAA